AUGCGACUUUCUCCGGCAUGGUACCAGUUUCUGGUCGGCGUCUUCGCCUCACUCGGAUCAUUUCUCUAUGGAUAUGACUUGGGUGUGAUCGCAGAGGUUAUCGCGAGUCCAUCAUUUAUGUCCAGGUUUGGAGAUGAUUCGACUGAGACUGGAUUGGUCGUGUCAAUGUUCACGGCGGGUGCUUUCUUUGGCUCAGGGUUCGCAGGCCCCACAGGUGAUUACCUAGGGAGACGAUGGACUAUUGCCAUCGGUUGUGUGAUAUUUUGCCUUGGAGGAGGUCUUCAGACUGGCGCGCAAACGAUUGACUAUCUGUACAGUGGAAGGUUCCUGGCUGGUCUAGGAGUUGGUUUUCUUACCAUGAUCAUCCCUCUGUACCAAGCCGAGAUCUGCCAUCCAGACAUUCGAGGCCGUGUGACUGGUUUGCAGCAAUUCAUGCUCGGGGUUGGAUCCCUCUGUGCUGCAUGGAUUUCAUAUGGCACGUAUAUAGGGUUUCCUGACACCAACAAUGCGCAGUGGCAGCUAUCCCUAGGAUUGCAAAUAGUUCCUGCUGUCUUCCUUGGUCUCUUGAUUAUGUUUUUUCCAGAGUCGCCCCGUUGGCUCAUCGGCCAUGGCCACCACGAGAAGGGCCUACAAACCCUCGCGAAACUCCAUGCCCAUGGGGAUGAAAACGACACCUGGGUUCGCGCUGAGUACAAUCAGAUCCAGGAAAGCGUCACGUUUGAGCAAGAGAAUGAAGCUAAGUCCUAUAUUGAGCUCUUCACUUCUCGAUCAUCUUUCCGUCGUCUUUUCCUUUGUUGUGCGUUGCAAGCAUCUGUCCAGAUGACGGGUGUGUCAGCGAUCCAAUAUUACUCCGUGACGAUUUAUAAACAAAUCGGAAUCCAAGGCGACGCCACAUUACGGUAUCAGGCAAUUAACUCCAUCAUCGCCUUGGUAGCUCAAUUUCUCUGCAUGAUGUUUAUCGACCGGACCGGGCGUCGUCCGGCUUUAAUCUUUGGAAACUUGGGCAACAUGGUUACAUUCAUCAUCGCGUGCAUCUUGCUAGCGCGGUUUCCGCCCGAAGUCAACAGCACAGGAGCUCAUUGGGGCUUUAUUAUCAUGACUUGGAUGUACAACUUUUCGUUCUCGGCUACCUGCGGACCCUUAUCAUGGAUUAUCCCGGCUGAAGUGUUUGAUACACGGACACGUUCGAAAGGCGUCUCAAUCGCCACCAUGGUCUCGUAUGCAUUUAACACGAUGAUUGGCCAAGUCACGCCGAUUGCGAUGGAGAGUGUGCGUUAUAAAUAUUACUUCCUAUUUGUUAUCUGCAACUUCACCAAUGCGGUUUUCUUUUGGCUGCUACUGCCCGAGACCAAGAAAUUGCCUCUGGAGGAAAUGAAUUAUUUGUUCAGCAAUGCGCCUUGGAUCAUCGUUGGUUCUCGCAAGGAGGAUUAUCUGCCGCACGACUUGGAGCGCAAGGUUGAGGAGCAGGAAGUGAAACGCGAAGCUGUUGCAUAUCACCAGGAGUGA